AUGUCCUCUAGUAAGAGCUCCGAUAACCCCAACGGGACAUUGAGGGACGCCCAGACACAACCAAUUGCACUUAUUGGUUAUGCUUGCCGACUGGCUGGUCAAGUCUCAUCACCCGGCGACUUAUGGGAAUUAUGUACUCGGGGUCGGAGUGGUUGGAAGCCCAUCCCUGAGUCCCGGUUCUCUCCAGGGGCCUAUCAUCAUCCCGAUCCUUCCAAGCCGGGAACCUUUAACCCGGCAGGAGGUUACUUUCUAGACGAUGAGACCCUGUCUCAAUUUGAUGCACCAUUCUUCAAUGUUACCGUCCAAGAGGCCGUGGCCAUGGAUCCACAACAGCGGCUUCUUUUGGAGUGCUCCUACGAGGCUUUGGAGAGUGCUGGAAUUCCCAAAGAAUCUCUCGCAGGACGCAAGGUUGGUGUCUUUGUCGGUGGCAACUUUGCCGACUAUGAGCUUCGCAACCUACGAGAUAUCGAAACAUGUCCUCCCUUCCAGGCCACGGGUAACGCUUCUUCUAUUCAAUCCAACCGAAUUUCCUACUUCUUUGAUCUGCAAGGACCAAGCAUCACCAUCGACACGGCCUGCUCCUCAUCCCUGGUCGCAUUGCACUAUGCGGUUCAAAGUCUUCGCAGUGGCGAGUCUGAAGAGGCGCUGGUCGCUGGAUGCAGAUUGAAUCUCCUUCCUGAUUAUUUCGUUUCCAUGUCCAUGUCACAGUUGUUCAAUGAUGACGGAAAAACGUACUCGUUUGACGAACGUGCUAAAUCUGGCUUUGCACGUGGCGAGGGUGCGGGCGUGGUGCUUCUCAAGCCACUUGACGCUGCCCUGCGUGAUAAAGAUCCCAUUCGGGCCAUAAUUGCUAAUACCGGUGUCAACCAAGAUGGACGGACCAAGGGUAUCACCAUGCCCAAUGGGAAGGCCCAAGAGGAUCUCAUCCGUCAGGUAUACCGGGAUGGCCACUUGAAUCCAAAUGAGUGUGGCUUUGCAGAAAUGCACGGCACAGGAACCAAGGCGGGGGAUCCUAUUGAGGCAAAGGCCGUCCAUCGCGCUCUUGGUCAGAACCGCAAUGCGAGGAAUCCACUCUACAUUGGGUCGGCCAAGUCCAAUGUCGGUCAUCUCGAAGGUGCCAGUGGCAUGGUCUCACUUAUCAAAGCGGCCAUGAUGCUGGAUAGAGGGUUGUUGCUGCCAAAUGCCGACUUUAGAAAGCCCAACCCAAAUAUCCCGAUGAGCGAGUGGAAUAUGAAGGUCGUCACGUCAACUCGACCCUGGCCUCGCGGCAAGAAAUACAUCAGUGUUUCAAACUACGGCUUUGGAGGAACCAACGCUCAUGCGGUUCUCGAAAAGCCCCCGCCCCCGCCCGAGGCACAGGAGGACCCGGAUGAUGAUCUCGAGCCUGCGCACAAGUUGUUUUUGAUCUCGGCCAACGACAAGGAGUCGCUGAAGGCACGAAUCAGAGACUUCGGGGUCUACUUUGAGCAGCGCCCAGAGGUGUUUGAAAGAUCACUAUUCGGCAAUUUCGCCCAUACUCUGGGCAGCAAGUUAUCUCAUCUCGCAUACCGAGUUGCUCUCUCCGCCACAUCACUGGACGAGCUUGGUAUCCGCCUGGCCCAGUUGAAAGCCAACCCAACUCGAGUGCUGGGAAUGCCAACAAUUUCGUUUGUCUUUACUGGACAGGGCGCCCAAUGGGCCCAGAUGGGUAUGCCUCUGAUGAAGGAAUACGCCGUUUUCGCUGAAGCGAUGGAGCGGGCUGAUAAGUUCUUGCGACACCUUGGAGCGGACUUUUCACUCAUUGAAGUGCUCGAGAGAGAUUCCACCCACUCAGAGAUCAAUUCACCGCAUCUCAGUCAGCCCGCCUGUACGGCGCUCCAGAUUGCUCUGACAGAUCUUCUUCGGUCUUGGGGCGUCAAGCCUUCUUCAGUUGUGGGCCACAGCUCUGGCGAGAUUGGUGCUGCUUAUGCCGCCGGAAUCUAUGACCUAGAAGCCGCCAUGGCACUGUCGUACCGCCGUGGUCAAAUGACCCAGCUACUUAAAGGAUCAUUCCCCUUGCUCCAGGGUACAAUGAUAGCUGUUGGUGCCAGCCCUGAGAUUAUCAAGCCAAUGCUCAAGACUCUGAAGGGAUACGCAACUAUUGCUUGUGUCAACAGCCCUUCCAGCGUGACUGUCUCUGGAGACGUACACGCCAUCGAUGAGUUGGAGGGUGUUCUGCAGGCCAAGCACCUCUUCAAUCGAAAGCUGAACAUUGAUGUCGCAUACCACUCUGACCAUAUGAAGAACGUUGCCAAGGCAUACCUUUCUUCAAUUGAGUCCAUCAAGCCUUCCAGCACGGCGAUCGCUACCUUCUUCUCUUCCGUAACUGGUCAAAUUGCGGAACCAUCCGCGUUGGGUGCGGCCUACUGGGUGCAGAACUUGACGUCUACAGUCCUGUUCGCCAAUGCUCUCACAAAGAUGUGUGCUGACGAAGAGACCCGCCCCAACUUGCUGAUUGAGGUUGGCCCGCAUUCGGCCCUGAAGGGUCCAAUCCUGGACACGAUAAAGGCUAUCGGCUCAAUCACUGCGAAGAUUGGCUACACACCCACGGUGGUUCGCAAUGCGGACCCCGUACAGUCUGUUCUAGAUGCUGCUGGUGCUGCCUUUGUCCGCGGAGCAACUCUGGACAUAACCAAGGUGAACUUUCCCAUUAGUGGGGGAGCCUCGCGAACUUUCCUGCGAGACUUACCUCGAUACCCAUGGCAGCACAGUACCAAGUACUGGCACGAGUCUCGUAUCGCGCAGAAGCACUGCCAACGUGAUGGUAUGCGGAAUGAUCUCCUAGGAACGCAGGCGUUCUACUCGAAUGACUUGGAGCCCACAUGGAGAAACAUCGUCCGUCUUGAUGACAUACCUUGGCUUCGGGAACACAAGAUGCAGGGUAUGGCCGUGUACCCCAUGGCAGGCUAUCUAUCCAUGGCGGUAGAGGGUGCCAAACGGCGCGCAGAGAGCCGUGAUGCAAUGUUCCCUCAUUUCGACUUCCGUGAGGUGAAAGUCGGCUCAGCUCUUGUCUUGAGCGAGGAUUCAGAUGCGGAGACCACCAUCACUCUCCGUCCAUUCGCAGAGGGAACGCGAGGAAACUCCGAUGUAUGGGACGAAUUCCGCAUCUGCUCCUGGUCCAUCAAGCGAGGCUGGACAGAGCACUGCACAGGACUGAUUCGAACUCGCAUGAACAAGAAACAACAGAGCGCCGUAUCCAACGUCUCUGAAACAGAGGUAAACUACUUUCAGAAUCAAAUUACCUCCGUGUACACCGCAACAACGUACAGCAUUGACACCAGCAAUAUGUAUCAGGUCCUGGCCGAGGUAGGAGCUGGGUAUGGUCUGGCUUUCCAGGGGUUGGAGAAUUGUUUCUCUAGUCCUAGUCAUUCGCGCGCCGAUCUCUAUGUCCGAGACACGAAAUCUAUGAUGCCCAAGAAAUUUGAAGCGCCUUUGGUUAUCCAUCCGACCUUCCUGGAUGGCUUGUUGCACCUCGUCUGGCCAAUUCUUGGUAAAGGAAAGAUGGAGCUGGAGACGCUUUACAUGCCGACUAUGAUCAAGAAUUUGUCUAUCACCAACAAUAUCCCCACGAACCCUGGUGCACAUGUCAAGGCCUGGUGCAAUGGAGGACCUAUCCAGAUGACACCUGAACCAACCAAGUUUGACCUUUGGGUUACUUCGGAGAACUCGACGGAAAUUUUGAUUUCUAUGGAGGGUUUGGUUAUGACACCGCUCAAAGAUGCCGGCGCGGUCCGUGGUUCUGAUGCCCGCGACCUUUGCUUCAAGCUGGAAUGGUUCCCACUUUCUCAACUUGAGAAUGUUGCCGACGGUGACACUAAGAAGACCGAUAGCCAUGCCAUUCCUAAUGGGCAUGCCCAUAUCAAUGGGGGCGUGAACGGACGUGUCACUCCAGAUGACAAACCGCAUCUUAAUGGCAACGGUAUUCUCCACCAGAGCGACAUCUUGAUUACGCAUUUCGGCAAGCCGGACGGCGUCGCACAAAAACUAAGCAGCGCGAUCUCUAAAGCUACGAGUAGCUGGCUGCCAUCCGUCUCCACAUUUGACCAAUUCGACUGCGCCAAUAAGCACGUUAUCGUGCUUCAGACCGGAAACAAGACUCUUCGCAAUCUUACGUCGAAGGACUUUGAAAGCAUCAAGAAGACUCUACUCACUGCUUCCCAUGUACUCUGGGUCUACCGCGAAGAAAGCCCCGAUGCUCACAUGAUUGUCGGUUUGACUCGCAGUCUACGCUCAGAGGCUUUGUCCAAAGUUGCAACUCUCGGCAUCAACAUAGCAGAGCUGGACAAGUUAGAGCUCAUUCUUGCUACCAUGGAAGCAUUGUGGCCAACCAAUGGUGCGCAGCCGAGCAAGGACUUCGAAUUCAAGGCCAAGGGUGCUGAGCUUCUGGUUCCACGCAUUUUAGAGGAUAGUGCCGCCAACGCAUUUGUUCACAAUGAGACUCAUGAAAAAAUCAUCACGACCCAGCCAUUAAUACAAUCAAAUCGCCGAUUCAAUCUCCAGGUUGCAAGCCCUGGAUCCUUGGACACCAUGUACUUCACAGACGACAUCCCUGAGCCACUGGCCGACGAUGACAUUGAGAUUGAAGUAAAGGCCACUGGAUUGAACUUCAAAGAUAUAGUCGUGACAAUGGGUCAGCUGGCACAACCUUACAUUGGAAUCGAAUGCAGUGGUAUCGUGACGUCGGUCGGCAAGAAGGUCCAACAUCUACAGGUCGGUCAACGAGUCAUGGCCCUACCUCUGGGCGCAUACUCUACAUACGCGCGAUGCAAAGCCACCAGCGCUGCACCCGUUCCUAACUUCAUGUCAUUUGAGGUAGCCGCUACCGUUCCGGUCGUCUUCUGCACUGCCUACUACGCACUUUUCAACCUCAGUGAUCUACAGGCCGAUGAGAGAAUUCUCAUUCAUGCCGGCGCAGGUGGUGUCGGACAAGCGGCGAUCCAGCUGGCACAGAUGAUUGGAGCCGAGAUCUUCGUGACAGUUGGCAGUGUGGAGAAGAAGCAGUUCCUUAUCGCGCAGUACAAUAUUCCUGAGGACCAUGUAUUCUACAGUCGGGAUGUGUCUUUUGGUCAGGGAAUCCGCCGAGCCACGAAUAACCAGGGCGUGGACGUGGUAAUCAACUCGCUGGCGGGUGAUCUUCUGCGUGAGACUUGGGAGACUCUUGCGCCAUUUGGUCGCUUCGUUGAGAUUGGCAAAGCGGACAUCAUGAAGAACACUCGACUUGACAUGUUGCCGUUUGAGCACAAUGUUACUUUCUCAUCGGUCGAUCUUACAAAGGUUGCAUCGCACAAGCCGGUCUUGAUGAAGAACCUAUUGGACCAGGUUUCUCAGAUGCUGAGCCAGGGCUCACUCAAUCCCAUUCUGCCACUCACAGUUUACAACAUUUCCGAGCUUGAGACCGCAUUCCGGACACUCCAGACCGGAAAAGCAAUGGGUAAGAUCGUGGUUGUUCCUCACACAGAGGACCAAGUCCGGGCCGUCGCAUCCAAGACCAGCUCCUCUUUACUCAAAGCUGAUGCAUCCUAUAUCCUGAUCGGCGGAACAGGUGGUCUCGGCCGAAGCAUGGCAAAAUGGAUGUCCUCCAAAGGAGCUCGAAACAUCGUCCUCGUAUCCCGACGAGCAUCCAUCAACGAUAAAGUUCGUGCUCUGAUCGAUGAACUAGCCAUCGACGGAACCCUAGUCACAGUCAAAGCCUGCGACGUAAUCGAUAGACAAUCCGUCUCCACCCUCAUAACCAAAGACAUGAAAGAUCUCCCCCCAGUCCGCGGAGUCGUCCACGGAGCAAUGGUCCUUCGCGACAUGCUCUUCGAAAAUAUGACCCUAGACGACUUCAAAUCAGUCGCAGCAAGCAAAGUUGAAGGGGCCUGGAACUUCCACACCAUCCUCUCAGAAACCCCACUAGACUUCUUCAUCGCGCUUUCCUCCGUCGCCGGCGUAAUCGGAAACAGAGGUCAAGCAGCCUACGCCGCCGCGAACGUCUUCCUAGACGAAUUCAUGUCCUACAGACGCAGCGCUGGCCUCCCAGGAACAGCAAUCGACCUAACAGCAGUCAGCGACACAGGAUACCUCGCCGACGUUGACGCAAAGCGUCUCCAAGAAGUCUUGAAAAACAUAGGCAGCGACACAAUAGACGAAAGCGAGGUCCUAGCGCUACUUGGCGCAGCUAUCACAGGCGACCUAGCACAAUCCUGUAAUGGUCAAAGUAUCACGGGCCUAAGUCUUAGCAAGACGGUCGAGCAUUUCUGGGCACAGGAUGCUAAGUUAAGCGGACUUUAUGACUCUGCCAAAGCGAAACCUGGGAGUGAAGGGGGUCCGUCUGGGCCUUCUGUGCCGUUGAAUGUGCAGCUUUCUAGUGCGGAUAAUAGGGAGGGUGCGUUGCAGAUUGCUUAUGCUGCACUGGCGGCGAAGUUGUCGCAGAUAUUGCAGAUUUCGUUGGAGGAUAUGGAUCCUUCUGUCACUGUUGCGUCGUUGGGACUUGAUUCACUUGUUGCGAUUGAAAUUCGGAAUUGGAUUGCUAGGGAGGCGAAUGCUAAUGUGCAGGUUUUGGAGUUGUUGUCUAGUGGGUCGUUGUUGGCUUUGGCGGAGAUUAUUUUGAAUAAGUCGCGGCCCUAG